UUAACGUAUCUAGAAUGAGAUGUGAUUAGAUUGUUAACAUUAUCUAGAAUGAGAUGUGAUUGGCUUGUUAACGUAUCUAGAAUGAGAUGUGAUUAGAUUGUUAACGUAUCUAGAAUGAGAUGUGACUCCUAAGCCUUUUCAGCCAGACAUGUAACACUUUACCAUACAGAGAGUUUAAAUAUCUGGCCAAUAAAUAGUUUAUUUUAAUUGAAUAACGUUUUGUGUACAGAGCUUGUUAGAGAUGUAAUGAUUUGACCCUUUGGCAAAUACAAAUGCACACUAGUAGUAAGCAUCGCUCCCCAGUUAAAGUGCAUAAUGAUAGCUUCUAUGGUGGUCACACUAGUAGUAAGCAUCGCUCCCCAGUUAAAGUGCAUAAUGAUAAGCAUCGCUCCCCAGUUAAAGUGCAUAAUGAUAAGCAUCACUCCCCAGUUAAAGUGCAUAAUGAUAAGCAUCGCUCCCCAGGUAAAGUGCAUAAUGAUAAGUAUCGCUCCCCAGUUAAAGUGCAUAAUGAUAAGCAUCACUCCCCAGUUAAAGUGCAUAAUGAUAAGCAUCGCUCCCCAGUUAAAGUGCAUAAUGAUAAGCAUCGCUCCCCAGUUAAAGUGCAUAAUGAUAAGCAUCGCUCCCCAGUUAAAGUGCAUAAUGAUAAGCAUCGCUCCCCAGUUAAAGUGCAUAAUGAUAAGCAUCGCUCCCCAGUUAAAGUGCAUAAUGAUAAGCAUCGCUCCCCAGUUAAAGUGCAUAAUGAUAAGCAUCGCUCCCCAGUUAAAGUGCAUAAUGAUAAGCAUCGCUCCCCAGUUAAAGUGCAUAAUGAUAAGCAUCGCUCCGCAGUUAAAGUGCAUAAUGAUAGCUUCUAUGGUGGUCAUACUAGCAGUAUGCAUCGCUCCCCAGUUAAAGUGCAUAAUGAUAAGCAUCGCUCCCCAGUUAAAGUGCAUAAUGAUAGCUUCUAUGGUGGUCACACUAGCAGUAUGCAUCGCUCCCCAGUUAAAGUGCAUAAUGAUAGCUUCUAUGGUGGUCACACUAGCAGUAUGCAUCGCUCCCCAGUUAAAGUGCAUAAUGAUAGCUUCUAUGGUGGUCACACUAGCAGUAUGCAUCGCUCCCCAGUUAAAGUGCAUAAUGAUAGCUUCUACGGUGGUCACACUAGCAGUAUGCAUCGCUCCCCAGUUAAAGUGCAUAAUGAUAGCUUCUACGGUGGUCAUACUAGCAGUAUGCAUCGCUCCCCAGUUAAAGUGCAUAAUGAUAGCUUCUAUGGUGGUCACACUAGCAGUAUGCAUCGCUCCCCAGUUAAAGUGCAUAAUGAUAGCUUCUAUGGUGGUCACACUAGCAGUAUGCAUCGCUCCCCAGUUAAAGUGCAUAAUGAUAGCUUCUAUGGUGGUCACACUAGCAGUAUGCAUCGCUCCCCAGUUAAAGUGCAUAAUGAUAAGCAUCGCUCCCCAGUUAAAGUGCAUAAUGAUAGCUUCUAUGGUGGUCACACUAGCAGUAUGCAUCGCUCCCCAGUUAAAGUGCAUAAUGAUAGCUUCUAUGGUGGUCACACUAGCAGUAUGCAUCGCUCCCCAGUUAAAGUGCAUAAUGAUAGCUUCUAUGGUGGUCACACUAGCAGUAUGCAUCGCUCCCCAGUUAAAGUGCAUAAUGAUAAGCAUCGCUCCCCAGUUAAAGUGCAUAAUGAUAAGCAUCGCUCCCCAGUUAAAGUGCAUAAUGAUAAGCAUCACUCCCCAGUUAAAGUGCAUAAUGAUAAGCAUCACUCCCCAGUUAAAGUGCAUAAUGAUAAGCAUCACUCCCCAGUUAAAGUGCAUAAUGAUAAGCAUCGCUCCCCAGUUAAAGUGCAUAAUGAUAAGCAUCGCUCCCCAGUUAAAGUGCAUAAUGAUAAGCAUCGCUCCCCAGUUAAAGUGCAUAAUGAUAAGCAUCGCUCCCCAGUUAAAGUGCAUAAUGAUAAGCAUCACUCCCCAGUUAAAGUGCAUAAUGAUAAGCAUCACUCCCCAGUUAAAGUGCAUAAUGAUAAGCAUCACUCCCCAGUUAAAGUGCAUAAUGAUAAGCAUCACUCCCCAGUUAAAGUGCAUAAUGAUAAGCAUCGCUCCCCAGUUAAAGUGCAUAAUGAUAAGCAUCGCUCCCCAGUUAAAGUGCAUAAUGAUAAGCAUCGCUCCCCAGUUAAAGUGCAUAAUGAUAAGCAUCGCUCCCCAGUUAAAGUGCAUAAUGAUAAGCAUCGCUCCCCAGUUAAAGUGCAUAAUGAUAAGCAUCGCUCCCCAGUUAAAGUGCAUAAUGAUAGCUUCUAUGGUGGUCACACUAGCAGUAUGCAUCGCUCCCCAGUUAAAGUGCAUAAUGAUAGCUUCUAUGGUGGUCACACUAGCAGUAUGCAUCGCUCCCCAGUUAAAGUGCAUAAUGAUAGCUUCUAUGGUGGUCACACUAGCAGUAUGCAUCGCUCCCCAGUUAAAGUGCAUAAUGAUAGCUUCUAUGGUGGUCACACUAGCAGUAUGCAUCGCUCCCCAGUUAAAGUGCAUAAUGAUAAGCAUCGCUCCCCAGUUAAAGUGCAUAAUGAUAGCUUCUAUGGUGGUCACACUAGCAGUAUGCAUCGCUCCCCAGUUAAAGUGCAUAAUGAUAAGCAUCGCUCCCCAGUUAAAGUGCAUAAUGAUAAGCAUCGCUCCCCAGUUAAAGUGCAUAAUGAUAAGCAUCGCUCCCCAGUUAAAGUGCAUAAUGAUAAGCAUCGCUCCCCAGUUAAAGUGCAUAAUGAUAAGCAUCGCUCCCCAGUUAAAGUGCAUAAUGAUAAGCAUCGCUCCCCAGUUAAAGUGCAUAAUGAUAAGCAUCGCUCCCCAGUUAAAGUGCAUAAUGAUAAGCAUCGCUCCCCAGUUAAAGUGCAUAAUGAUAAGCAUCGCUCCCCAGUUAAAGUGCAUAAUGAUAAGCAUCGCUCCCCAGUUAAAGUGCAUAAUGAUAAGCAUCGCUCCCCAGUUAAAGUGCAUAAUGAUAAGCAUCGCUCCCCAGUUAAAGUGCAUAACGAUAAGCAUCGCUCCCCAGUUAAAGUGCAUAAUGAUAAGCAUCGCUCCCCAGUUAAAGUGCAUAAUGAUAAGCAUCGCUCCCCAGUUAAAGUGCAUAAUGAUAGCUUCUAUGGUGGUCAUACUAGAAAUAAAACAAGUCCGUUUUGCACAAACAUUCGUCCUUUUUUUUUUUUUACUUAACUGACCGCUGACAGC